UUGAGGAAACGAGGGAGUAGCAUUUAGAGUACAAUCUUACAUCCAAUAUUUCAAUUCAAUUUUGUUUUUAGGCGUCCCAUUCGGCCAUUCCUAUUUCUGUUCAUCAUUCUGUCUCUCUUUUUAUCAUUCCCUUCUCUUCUCUCUAUCAAAGAUCCAUUCAUUUCCUCGCCUAACAGAGGUAUCAAAAAGAAAAGUUAGAUCAAGAGAGAAGAAAUAAUGGACCUUUUCUACAUUCUAGUUUUUGGUGCAUUAGCUGCAGUUGUUGCUGCAUUAGAACUCAGCAAAACUAGCAAAGAUCGCAUCAAUACUUCCUCUGCUUUCAAUUCUUUCAAGAACAAUUACGUGCUUGUUUACUCUCUCAUGAUGGCUGGGGAUUGGCUACAAGGUCCAUAUGUGUAUUAUCUUUACACUACGUAUGGAUUUAGCAAGGGUGAGAUUGGGCAGCUUUUUAUUGCCGGGUUUGGAUCUUCCAUGUUGUUUGGGACAAUUGUUGGAUCCCUUGCUGAUAAACAGGGUCGUAAGAGGGCAUGUGUAACUUAUUGCCUUACUUAUAUUAUGAGCUGCAUUACUAAGCACUCUCCACAAUACAAAAUUCUAAUGAUUGGGCGUAUUUUGGGAGGCAUUGCUACAUCCCUUCUGUUUUCGGCCUUCGAAUCUUGGCUUGUUGCCGAGCAUAAUAAGAAAGGAUUUGAACAGCAAUGGCUUUCUGUGACUUUCUCCAAGGCAAUUUUCCUUGGCAAUGGUCUAGUUGCUAUUUUGGCUGGAUUAUUGGGAAAUUUGCUUGUUCAUACUUUUGGGUUAGGUGCUGUUGCUCCAUUUGAUGCUGCAUCAUGUUUCCUUGCAAUCGGUAUGGUAAUCAUACUGACUUCGUGGGGUGAAAACUUUGGGGAUGCUUCAGAUAAUAAAGAUCUGCUUACACAGUUCAAGACUGCUGCCGUUGCUAUUGCUUCUGAUGAGAAAAUUGCGUUGUUGGGUGCCAUACAGUCCCUGUUUGAAGGUUCCAUGUAUACGUUCGUGUUUCUAUGGACACCCGCUUUGAGCCCAAAUGAUGAAGAUAUUCCUCAUGGUUUCAUCUUUGCAACAUUCAUGUUGGCCUCAAUGUUGGGAAGUUCAUUUGCAUCACGAUUGCUGGCCCGCUCUGCCAAAGUUGAGAGCUAUAUGCAAAUCGUCUUCACCGUCUCUUCUGCCUCCCUCAUGCUCCCCAUUGUGACUAGUUUUCUGGUAACACCAUCGGCUGUGAAAGGCGGAGGCAUCACAUUUUCUGGUUGCAUCCAGCUACUUGGUUUCUGUGUAUUUGAGGCUUGUGUGGGUAUUUUCUGGCCAUCUAUUAUGAAGAUGAGGUCACAAUACAUUCCUGAAGAGGCACGAAGUACAAUCAUGAACUUCUUUCGCAUACCUUUGAAUAUCUUCGUAUGCAUUGUUCUUUACAACGUUGAAGCAUUCCCCAUAACGGUCAUGUUUGGCAUGUGUUCCAUUUUCCUGUUUGUGGCAUCCCUAUUGCAAAGGCGGCUUUUAGUCAUUGCUGAUACUCAAAGACCUAAGCCACAAGAAUGGUCGGCAAUGAAGGAGAGGGAUCCUGAAGCAGAGCCACUUAACGUAUGAUUUGAUAUUCAGUCUACAAACGUUUUCGUGGCGGGCUAUGAGGAGGUGACGAUUACUUGAUGGUCGUAAUGGUAGCUUAUCGGUUGCUGUAGACACGGCUGGAUACAUUCCGUUUAUACUGGUGUUGUUGCAUUGCGAGUUCAUGGAUCACGACUCCAGAGAUAUAGCUGAUAGAGCUGGUAGCAGAGCAAGGAUCUGCACUUAUUUUUGAAAGCCUUAAAUUAUUGUGUAAAUUUCAGCUAGUAAUUUUCCAAUUAUUCACCAUUAUAUACCGUAUUACUUAUAUUUUCCUUUGUCAAAAAUAACAUUAAUUUCCUUGUAGGUUUAGAAUUGUGUUUUAUGGCAUUUCUUUUUAUUUACUGGUGUAUCCUUAUUUGUAUCACUGAUUACAGAAUAACAAUGUUAAAGCCUUAAUCUCAAAUGAAUUGGGUAA